AUGGACCGGACCACCACUACCACAGGACCGCUAGAGCGCACCUCAUUGCCGGAAGAAACUCCGGACAUAUUUACCAUCGGUGGGGUAUUCCGCCUUAUGGCCAUCAUCGUAUGCUGCGGUUUACUCUUCUUCGCCGCGCUCUUCAUCUGCUGUUUAUAUGCCGAUCAUGUCAAGCGACUUCGGCAGAAGGUACCACAGCGGAGCGGCGCUGCCAAAGCAGAAGAAGAGGGCUAUGGUACUUUCCAGCAUACUACCUCGACACAAGUUGCGACCAACAAGGACAGUCCAGAUCAGCUCGAGCUUGGCAAUCCUCCACCUCCAUAUACUCCUGAUCCUCUCGGCCGAGCUGAAGCAGAUGUCUUUCAUCCCUCAAUUCGUGAGAGCCAGAGGUCCCAAGAUGAUGUUGAAGGUGUCAUAGAGCACUUCAUGUCGCCACCAAGCCCAGAAGAGUUGUUGCUGUGA